AUACUGCGUGGGGAUGGAGUGGAGCCCCCUUAGUUCUACCCAAAAGAAAUACAAGUGUAAUGUACAGCAAUAAUUUCUCUUCAGUGAAUGGUCUGAAGAGAGAGGGAGAAAUAGUCCUAGCCCAAAAGACAAGUGGGGGUUGAAGCCAAAUUUUUCAAGAUAGUUAAUCUAUAAUUUCUACAAAUAGUAAAUGCAAAAAUUAUAGAUUAAAUUAAUAUAGGUAUGUUUUAGCAACCGCUAAGCUUUCGUUAGUCUUUAGUUAGGUAUGUGCAGAAAGUUAUGCUCAAUGCAAAUGUAGAAUGUGCACUCUUCCUGAGAGGGGGAGAAACUACAGGAACCUUGACUUUCACAUUAUGAUGAAACAAACAGAAUCUUUCUUCCAAGGGUUUGUGGUAGUAUGCUGGGAUCGUAGUCCUGAAAUCCUAAGGAACUUGUACAUCUGCAGGGACAUUGUGGGAACCUGCACCUACUUUGCCUCAUCCAAUAGUAGUGCUACUCUUGAGGGAGUCAUGUUGCCACAGAGACCUCCCUUUAUGAAUGCACAUUAACACUCUGAGGUGACUUAGUGAUUGUAGCAGAAUUACAUUUAAAAAAAUAGCACCAGAGAACUUACUGCUCCCUGCCUUUUCCAGCCACAGCCCUGCCCUCUACUCAAAGCUUUCCGAGCACAUGGUGCUAGCAGACAGGGUCUUCUGCAAGCCUUUGGGGAGCAGACAAACAUGAUCUAAAAAAAGUGAACAAGAGCUAAAGGAUGAAGAAAUGGAGUUGUUUACAAAAUACUACAUGGAAUGGAAAGGAGGAAGAAAAAGCGUUAAUACAUCCUACAUGAAUAUACCACGGUUUUAUUACAGGCUACCGGCUGAGGAUGAAGUCUUGCUGCAGAAAUUAAGAGAAGAAUCUAGAGCAGUCUUUCUACAGAGAAAAAGUAGAGAGCUGUUAGAUAAUGAAGAGCUGCAGAAUUUGUGGUUUCUGCUGGACAAACAUCAGACACCACCUCUGAUUGGGGAGGAAGCAAUGAUCAAUUAUGAGAGCUUCUUGAAAGUUGGUGAGAAAGCUGGACCCAAAUGCAAGCAGUUCUUCACAGCGAAAGUUUUUGCUAAAUUACUCCACAAUGAUCCCUAUGGAAGGAUAUCUAUCAUGCAGUUCUUCAAUUAUGUGAUGAGAAAAGUAUGGCUUCACCAGACAAGAAUAGGCCUCAGUUUAUAUGAUGUGGCAGGACAGGGUUACCUCAGAGAAUCGGAUUUAGAAAAUUAUAUUUUGGAACUUAUCCCUACUUUGCCACAGUUGGAUGGUUUAGAAAAAUCAUUUUACUCGUUCUAUGUCUGCACUGCUGUUAGAAAGUUCUUCUUCUUUUUAGACCCUCUGAGAACAGGCAAGAUAAAGAUACAAGAUAUUUUAGCUUGCAGCUUUCUGGAUGACUUAUUGGAGUUAAGGGAUGAAGAACUUUCUAAAGAAAGUCAAGAAACAAAUUGGUUUUCUGCUCCAUCUGCAUUGAGGGUUUAUGGCCAGUAUUUAAAUCUUGACAAAGAUCACAAUGGUAUGCUCAGCAAAGAGGAACUGUCCCGCUAUGGAACAGGGACUCUGACCAACAUAUUUUUAGAUCGUGUCUUCCAGGAAUGCCUGACUUAUGAUGGAGAAAUGGACUAUAAGACCUACCUGGACUUUGUGCUUGCAUUAGAAAACAGAAAGGAACCUGCAGCUCUACAAUAUAUUUUCAAACUGCUUGAUAUAGAGAACAAAGGAUACCUGAAUAUUUUUUCCCUGAAUUAUUUCUUUAGGGCUAUUCAGGAACAAAUGAAAAUCCAUGGACAAGAACCAGUUUCUUUUCAAGAUGUCAAGGAUGAAAUCUUUGAUAUGGUGAAGCCUAAGGAUCCGUACAAGAUCUCCCUUCAAGACUUAAUCAACAGUAGCCAAGGAGACACUGUUACCAGCAUUCUAAUUGAUCUGAAUGGCUUCUGGACCUAUGAGAACAGAGAGGUUCUUGUAGCAAGUGAUAAUGACAAUACUACAGAUAUUGACGACACAUAACAGGAAUACACUGUACUCAUAGAAAUGUGCCUAAAUAUGCACAAACUCUGAAGCUGCAGGCCUAUCCAUUAUACAAAUAAGACACUUCCAUCUUCCCCCAGAUGUGUGGUGUUAAAACUUUGUAUAGGGAUUGUCAAAUUUACAAAUGGUGAAGCCAAAAUCACUACAGUGCUAUUUAAGAGGCAACAGUGGUUUGAUUUUAGUAAGCUGAAGAGAUUGUUUGGAAUCUUUUUUCAACCUACAGUAGCAAGUAACAUUUUUUCAACAUUUUGUUCUAGGACAUAUAUUAAAACCUGCAGGAUAGUAAGGAUGGGAUUUCCAAAAAUAUCCAGUGUUGGCCUGUUUCUGCUACUGCUGAAGCCAGUAGGAAUCUUGGGAUUGAUCUAACACCACUGUAUUUGAUGUCAGUUUUUAAACCUGUCAUAUGUAGUGUUCACUAGCAACUAAGUGUUAAGCAUGUUAUGUAUGCAGUAUGAACUGUUUCCUCCCCCUGCAUUGUUCAACUAUAGAUGAAGGUUUUGUAUAAAUAAAAAUUUGAAUUAUUUUAGUAGGA